GGGGAAGAUAACACGACACACACACAGAGUGGAGACGCAACGCAGGUGGACGUCAUUUCGUCAUCCCCAACCCCCACCCCUACACACGACUCGCCACAAGCCGAGCAGAGAGAGGCCGCGCCAUGGCCCGCAUCUAGGGGCCGAGGAGGAGGACGAGGAGCCCAGCAGACACAGGCAGGAUGGGGCGCGCGUUCGUGUACGUCGUCCUGGGCGGCGGCGUGGCCGCGGGCUACGCGGCGCUCGAGUUCGCCCGCCGCGGCGGCUACUCCCGCGGCGAGCUCUGCAUCAUCUCCGAAGAGGCCGUUGCUCCUUAUGAACGCCCUGCAUUAAGCAAAGGCUAUUUACUCCCAGAAGAUCCUUCUCGGCUUCCAAAAUUCCAUACUUGUGUUGGAGCUAAUGAUGAGUUACUGACGACAAAAUGGUACAAGGAACAAGGUAUUGAACUUGUUCUUGGAACAAGAGUGAUAUCUGCUGAUGUGAGACGGAAGACAUUGCUUACAGCAACUGGAGAAACUAUCAGCUAUAAGACGCUUAUAAUUGCAACAGGUGCUCGGGCUUUGAAGCUGGAAGAGUUUGGAAUAAGCGGUUCAGAUGCUGCAAACAUAUGUUAUUUGCGCAAUCUUGAAGACGCGGAUAAAUUAGUGAAUGCGAUGAGCUCAUGUUCUGGUGGAAAUGCUGUUGUCAUCGGUGGUGGCUACAUAGGAAUGGAAUGUGCAGCAGCAUUGGUUACUAAUAAGAUAAAAGUAACCAUGGUCUUUCCUGAAAAACACUGCAUGGGUCGGCUAUUUACAGAAAAAAUUGCAGAAUAUUAUGAAAGCUACUACACUUUGAAAGGAGUUACUUUUACCAAAGGAACUGUGCUUACAUCCUUUGAAAAAGACUCAACAGGGAAGGUGACUUCAGUAAUCCUAAAAGAUGGCAACCACCUUCCUGCUGAUAUGGUAGUAGUUGGUAUUGGGAUCCGUGCAAAUACCAGCCUUUUUGAAGGCCAGCUGCUGAUGGAGAAGGGCGGCAUUAAGGUAAAUGGGCAAAUGCAAACUAGCGACAGCUCCGUGUAUGCUGUUGGUGAUGUUGCCGCGUUCCCCAUCAAGCUCUUUGACGGUGAUAUCCGACGGCUUGAGCAUGUUGACUCGGCUCGUAGAACCGCCAGACAUGCCGUCGCAGCCAUCCUGGAGCCUUCCAAAAGCAGGGACGUCGAUUACCUGCCAUUCUUCUACUCCAGAGUCUUCACACUGUCCUGGCAGUUCUAUGGAGACAAUGUCGGAGAAGUAAUUCACUACGGCGACUUCACGAGCAACAGCCCUCGGUUCGGCGCAUACUGGGUCAGCAAGGGCCAGAUCACGGGCGCGUUCCUGGAAGGCGGGGACCGGGACGACUACGAGGCGUUAUCGGUGGUUGUCUGGCGUAAAACCAAGGUCUCGGACAUGUCUGAACUUGAAAGACAAGGCCUGGCAUUUGCCAUCCAGGAAAGCAAGAAAGACGUGCCUGACAGCGGGGUCACCCUCGGCGAGAAGCCCACCUUCGUGUGGUACGCGACGGCGGGGGUUGUUGCGGCCGUCUCGAUCUCCGCGUUCGGUUAUUGGUACGGCAGGAAGCGCCGCAGGUGGUGAGCUGAUGGAAGGCCGGAGGAAGAUCUGUGAUGUGCACUCGGAGGGAAUCCUGUAUAAAAACCUGUACGAAAGUGUAAUUUUGUCUCAUACUGUAAACAAGUAUAGAAACACCAUCAUAUAUUGUUAAACGAACGAAACGAUGUCACAAAAUCUCGAGAGCGAUCCUUUUGCUCCCUCAUGAAAUCCAUAAUUGUUUUCUGCA